AUGGACAAGCUCUCGAAUUCCUUUUCUCUCCUCGAUUUCGCCGACGAAGAUGGUCCCGUGGCGUCCUCUUCUUCUUCUUUCUCCGGGAAACAAGCAGAAAGAGUAAAUGGGUCACUUGAGGAUGGAGGUUACAAGCAACCCCUUGUCUGGAUUGACUUAGAAAUGACUGGUCUAAAUAUUGAAGUUGACAGGAUAUUGGAGAUUGCAUGUAUAGUUACUGAUGGAUCAUUAACCAAAUCAGUGGAGGGUCCAGAUUUAGUUGUACAUCAAACGAAAGACUGUAUGGAUAAAAUGGGUGACUGGUGUCAGACUCAUCAUGGAGCCAGUGGACUGACGGAGAAAGUGCUCCGUAGUCAAAUAAGUGAAAGGCAAGCUGAGCAAGAGGUCAUUGAAUUCGUGAAAAAGCAUGUUGGUUCUGCAAAUCCACUUUUAGCUGGAAACUCGGUUUACGUGGACUUCCUCUUCUUAAAGAAGUACAUGCCAGAUUUGGCUGCUCUUUUCCCUCAUGUACUUGUCGAUGUCAGUAGCGUCAAGGCUUUAUGCUUCCGGUGGUUCCCCAGAGAGAAAAGCAGAGCUCCUGCGAAGAAGAACAAUCACAGAGCCAUGGAUGAUAUAAGAGAAAGCAUCAAGGAGCUUAAGUACUACAAGGAUACCAUAUUCAAAGCAAACAAAGGAAGGAAGUGA